GCAGAUGCCCCAGAGGAUCGGCCAGACAACCCACUCGUGGAAAAUAACCAGGACGCUGGACCAGUGGCAACUAAUGAUAACUUACCAAGGAAGCCACCUCGAACGUCAAUUAAGGAUAUCGCUUUGACUCGUGAAAAAGCCAGCGAGCACCAGAGAUCCAAAACCAACAAACACAUUCAUGAGGACAAGAAGAACACACGGCCUCUGUGUCAGCAGCAGCUGGACCAGGUCCUGGAGAGGAUCUCAUCCAUGAACCUUCCUGACGAGAGGGGACCGCUGGAACACCUCUACGCCCUUCACAUCCCCAACUGCGACAAGCACGGCCUCUUCAACCUCAAACAGUGCAAGAUGUCCGUGAAUGGUCAGCGAGGAGAGUGCUGGUGCGUCAAUCCCCAGAACGGCAAGCCGAUCACUGGAGCACCCACCAUACGAGGGGACCCAGAGUGCCAUCUUUAUUAUCCGGGCAACGAGGAGGAGCGCAAGCAGCGUGCACAGUAG